AUGGAGUCGGAGUUCCUCAUGGAAGCGCUGCGCGCCUUUCUCCGAAGACGCCUGAGGCAGCGCGUCUGUCGCAGCGGCAGCUGGACUGGUGGUAGGCUCAAGAUGCUGGUGGCAGACUGCGCUUUCGUAGCUGAGCCCUACGCAUUCUUGGUGCAUGCCCUUGUGGGCUACCUCGACGAGCCGGGUACGCCACGGGCAGUGCCGGCGUGCAAGGGCGGCAACUGGAUCACACAGGCUUUCGGCACGCUCGCUCAGAAGGUCAAGCCAACGAGGUCGUUGCAAAGCUACGACCCGCCCGACUUGCCCGUCAACUGGGUGACGGCUGCUUUCGACGCUCUGAGCGGGCGGCCGGUUCUUGGCGACACGGAGGCCCCCUUGCAGUUGAGCAGUGAUGCUGGAGAAGGAUGGAUCUCUGAUGCGUUGGUGGCAGCCAGCCGGCGAGAACUCUGA